AUGGAACACGACCAUAUCCAAGUCUGCGGAACGGCGCUCGACGGAGCGCGAAGGGCCAAUGCGUGCGUUCGGCUUUUUUUAGAAACCUCUCAGCUAUGUGGUUCGGUUGCGACGAAUGAUUUAAAACGAACAACGGAACUUCGUGCACGGAGAGUACUUCUAGAGGAAUGUCUAUUAAGUAUUCCUCGCCAGGAGCCUUGCGGAGGAAGAUUUAUUAGAUGCUUCAUAAUAUGUCCUCGGCGCCCUGUUUACUUAACGACGGAUGACCGCUGCAUUCAAGGGGGGGCUGUUUUUUUAAAUACAGGAAUAGGUAGAGAAAGAAGUGAUCUUCGCGUACCCCGGGGAAAUAAGCGCAGAGACAGACAGGUGAUGCUUUUCAACUCACAUGCUAGAAUUUGGCGAAUCGUGAAGAAUUUGAAGCGAAUUGUGCGCCAAUUCUGUGCGGGAAGCGAAGAUUCGGGCAAAGACUUGGGUGUUCUC